UCCUACUUAAACAUUGUACUUGUAAGAAUCAAAAUGGACAAAGCAUACAUGAAAGGGGAGUUGUUGCAACUCCAUACAAAGAAUUCUGAAAUUAUUGAAGGUCGCUUCUUUAGUACUAACAGCGACAAAUCUAAAAUAUCUCUUUACAACGUUAAAGAGUCGUCAGAAGACAAGAAGAGUGAAUCAGUAUUGCAUUUUUAUGAUUCUGAAAUUCGCACCAUUGUGAAAUUGCCUGACCCUGAAAAGGGUAAACAAUUGAGAAUCAGCGCUAAAGAUGUUGAAGACAUUAUAACUGUAUCCAGAAAAUUUGUCUUUGUAAAUCAAAUUGAUAGCAGUUUCCACAACGCAUUGAAUGAUUUAAAUCUGUAUGAGUUUGUGGCAAUGAGUACUGAUGGUGCUAAUAUGGGCAGGAAAUGCAAGAUGCCGUUCUUGGUUUUGUCCACUCCAAACAACAUAUACAUUUUUGACAUUCAAGUGAUGCAGUUUCAUGCAUUUGAUGCAGGCUUGAAGAAGCUACUUGAGAGUGAUUCACCAAAGAAAAUUGUCCAUGAUUGCAGGAAAAUAUCAGAUUGUUUGUAUCACAAACACAAUGUUCAGCUGAAUUCUGUAUUUGACACUCAGGUUGGGGACAUAAUAAUCACAAAAAACAAAACUGGUAUUUUCCCUACUGCAGUCAGGUCCCUUUCCGAAUGUUUAAAGUAUUAUCUUGGUAUUCAGGAUAAUUUUAUUGAAGAGAAGCUGGAUAUUGUGCAAAGCACUGAACGUCCACUCUCCUUGAAAAUCAAAGAAAUACUUGCAAAAAACAUUGCAUUUUUGCACCGUCUCUCUGAAAUAAUUAAUGAUCAAAUGAUGUUACCAUUUGUCCGAGGAGUGGAGUGCUAUAUUGAAAACAUCCGUUCCUGCGAUGAUUUUAAAGCUUGGGAGCUUGGAGGCAAACUCAAUCAACCACCAAAGGAAUUCAAAAGCGCCAUUGACUACUAAAUUUGACUCAUUCCACAUAGCAUAAGGAAAUUUUCCUGUUAAUAGAUAUAUGGUUAUCUGCUUCAACUUUGAUAAUUCACGUCUAGUCUAAACUAAAAAUAAUCUAGGAUGAUCUCUGUGACAGUUCAUAAAAACUACAAGAUGUCACCUUGUAACAAUGUUUAUUAUUUUCAUAAGCCUUGCUUUCAAAUGAAUAGCUUUUGUUACGUAAAUACAUUAAAUUGAAGUAAAAAUAAUACCAAAUCUAUGCUUAUUUGUAAGAAAUGCACGAACUUUUUUUUCAAUAAUUCAGUAACUCUUUAUGAUCACAUGCAAAGAUUACUUCAUUAUACUUCAUUUGCUAGAGAUGAGGUAUAUUGACAAAAAGUUUUUGAUAAUUUAAUGGAAAAAUGUAUAGUAUGUGUAUUCAUUCUUAUAGUAUGAAUUUUAAUCAUAGGCUUAUUUGUAAGUCAAUGUCAUAGGCAAUCAGUUUCAAAAAGUAAUAAUGAACUGUCAUGUUGUUGUCAGUUCAUUAUUACUUUUUGAAACUGACAAAUUAAUGAUAUCAUUAAUGUUUUUAGAAAUUUACUAAAAUAUCAAUUGAAAUUGCAUUUGAAUUAAAGUUGUGUGUUUACGCCAUCAAUAUACACAAAACAGUUCGCACAUAUACACAUUGUUCAGAAUAUAUCAGAAAAAUAUAACUAGAGAGAACCUUUGCUUCAAAAAUCAAAUACACUGAAAAUCAAGUGACUUUGCCUCAUCCCUAUAACAAACGUCAAAUGAAGUAUUAGAUACAAGGAUUAUCUUAGUUUGUUUAGUACAGUGGUAAAAAACAAUUAUGUAGACAGUAUUAUAAUGUCCAAUUAGAUUGUACUGGUUAAUAUUGAUGUCUAUAUAAAAUUAAAGUG